GGUCGGCCCAGGAGAGGGAGAGGGUGGCUUGUCUGAUCUGUGACCUUUGGGUUAAUGGACAAUGAAGGUGAAAGUGAUUUCAGUCUUGGAUGAUAAUUACAUGUAUCUGGUGAUUGAAGAACAUGCUAAAGAUGCCUUUGCUGUGGAUGCUUCUGUGUCUAAAAAGCUAAUAGAGAUUUUACAGAAAGAAAAUGCAAACUUAAAAGCCAUACUAACCACGCAUCAUCACCUGGAUCACUCCAGAGACAAUGUGGAUCUUGUCCAGCGCUUCCCAGGCUUGCAUGUCUAUGGCGCUGACGAUCGUAUCAGAGGACUGACGCACAAGGUGGUUCAUGGUCAAGAAUUAAAGUUUGGGGAUAUUAACGUGAGAUGCCUUUUUACUCCAUGUCAUACAUCUGGACACAUGUGCUACUUUGUGUGGGAAGAUGGCUGUCCAGACGCCCCUGCACUGUUUUCAGGGGAUACUCUGUUUGUUGGUGGCUGCGGGAAUUUCUACGAAGGGACAGCAGAGCAGAUGUACAAGAAUCUGACAGAAACACUUGGAACGCUUCCCAAAGAAACCAAAAUAUUUUGUGGCCACGAAUACACUGUGAGAAAUCUUAAAUUUGCUCUGAAGGUGGAACCAGAUAAUGAAGAUGUGAAGGAAAAACUGGCCUGGGCAAAGGCUCGCGAUGAGGAUGAUAUUCCUACUGUCCCGUCCAGCCUUGAAGAAGAAUUCACUUACAAUCCAUUCAUGAGAGUUCAAUUGCAGGACUAUAACAACAUUAGCACUGCACUGACAUUAGCUGAACUUCACCAGCGAAGACAAGCUAGAAAAUUUCCUGCAGAAUGGACAGACAACUUGUCAUGGGAUCCUGUAUCUUCCCAGAAAUCGACUCCUACAACAACGGCUACACCAACACAGCCAAGCAAAAUUGGAACAAAUGAGUGGUGUAAAUUGCAAAAUGUUGCAUCUGCUGCACUGAAAUUCUAA